UCUAGCAAAGUUUUAUUUUAUUUGUGUCAAAUUGAAUGUUCUCCUUUUUUACUACAUUUAAAGUUAUAUAUGUUUAAAUUUACAUAAUAUUAUGAUUUAAUUGUGUCAUUACAUAUGAAUUUUAUAUAAUUAUGUUAUAUAUAAUUUUGGAGGUAUUCAGCAUAGUUAUUUUCUUUAUACACUAAGCAUAUAUAUUAUGAACUUGCAUCCUCCUUGUGUCGUGAAUCGAUGGUGCUACGUGAGAAAACUGCAGAUGUAAUGCGUGACAUCGCAACAGACUUGUGCUUAGGCACAUAAUACGAAAUGUGUUUGCCGCUUUUAUCUCUCGCACAGAACCGUGCGGUACCCUGAAGCAACUUGAAUAUUUAAUGUGCUUUGCCCCACACUUUUAAAAAGUUUAUGCUUACGCGAUGUUUAAAAAAGAAUACUCUGUUAAAUGCGAGGUAAUGUGGGUUCCUGCAGAAAUAGCAACAGCCAGUUUCUCAUAAACUUUUGAUAUGGAUGAUUCAAACUACUCCGGACGAAAAGACUUCGAAUGGGCAGUACAAUUAAAUCGUGCAAGCUUGCAUUUGCUUGGGAUAUGGCCUAAUCCGGAAGAAAAUCCCAAAAAGAAAUUAAUGAGCAAUAUACGUGUAUUCGUUACAUUUGUGCUGGUGAUAAGUUUAUUGGUGCCUUCUAUACAUUCUCUGAUUAAAAUUCGUUCUGAUAUCAUGAUGACAAUAGAUAAUUUACAAUAUACUUUACCGGUUCUUAGCGCCAUUAUAAGGCUCGCAAUAUUUUGGUGGAGAAAGGAAGUUCUCAUGCCGAUCAUGAACAUGGUCAUGGAAGACUGGUUAAAAUCAAAAACCAUCUACGAAAGAAAUACAAUGAUCAAAUGGGCGUUACGUGAACGUAUAAUUAUUACAAUUACGUAUCUAAUAAUAAUGAUGGUGAUCAUACUUCUUUUUGGCAUGUCUAUUUUUGGAAAAUCAAUGAGAUUGACAUCGAAUAUUACUGAUUCAUACAGAUCAUUACCUGUACAAACUUAUUAUAUUUAUGACGUAACAAAGAGACCGCAGUACGAGUUAACAAUUAUAAGCCAAUACAUUUCUCUCAUCAUCGCUGCUAUGCUAUAUACAGGAAUUGACAAUUUUUUUGGAUUAUUAGUUUUUCAUAUUUGCGGACAAUUGGACAUCAUGAGAUAUCGUCUCAAACAUAGUCACCAAAAGUUUCGUGCUAUAUUGAGGUGCAGUGUGAUGUAUCAUCUUCGAUUGCUUAGAACUAUAGAUACUAUAGAAAAUAUAUAUAAUGUGAUUCUUUUAAUAUUGUUCCUGUAUUUUGCAAUACUCUUUGCGUUCUGCGGGUUUCUAUUAGUUACUGUCUUUGAAGACGAAAAGAAUGAUAUAUCGUUUACACGUCUGUCACUUAGUUUCCUCAUUAUUCUGGCCUUACUCUUUCAUAUGGGUAUUUAUUGCGCAGUGGGCGAGGCACUAAUAUCUAAAAUCGAUGGAAUUCAUUAUGCGGCAUAUGAUUGCAAAUGGUAUUCCCUAGCUCCAAAAGAAGCAAAGGACUUAAUCCCAUUUAUAAUUAAAUUUAGUGAACCAGUGUAUUUCACUGCUGGAAAAGUAUUUCCUAUAACAAUGGCUAUGUUUUGCAAUUUAAUAAAAACGUCGGUCAGUUAUGUAUCCGUUUUACUUACAACGAGGAAGAACUAAAAGUGUAGUUGAAAAUAAAUUCUUUCCAGCUUUCUCUAUAGAAUUGCUAGGAUACAACAAUUAAAACUACUGUAAGUAUAUUAUUUAUAUUUUUUAUUUCUAUUACUUAUCACACAACACACACACCUAUUAUCUUUCUAAAUAUUGAAUAUUUACGCAAAUUUUAUGAUCUUCCAGUUUCGGAAAAAAAGUUAACUACAUUAAAUAAUACUUACAACAAAAGGACUAUGAUAUACUCACGGCACAGAUGCGCAGACAGCGUUGGACUGCUAUGCUUUUAAAACAGUAAGAAUAUAGAAUAUAGAAUGAACGUUAUUAUUAAAACACAUACCUCUGAUACAUAAUAUUAUAUGUAUAAGUAGAAGUAGAGUCAAUGUAUCUAUUAUAUUAAAAUAUAACAGAAAUAUAUUCCAUUGUUAUUCUUUAUCCUUUUCAUCUUCAUAAACUUUUUCAUUGUAACAUAUGCUUACCUGUGUAAACUAUCUCAUAUGUGUAUUGUUAAUGGCAAUAAUUACAUUAUGAAAUAUUACAAUUGAAAUGAUAAUAUAAAUAAAGUGACAAUAAAAUAUACUUUAUUUUU